AGUUAAUUUAAAAUUUCGUCAACAAUACCAGUACCAUGUCUAGCAAAAUCUUUAGCAGUUAUCGAGCUUUAGGUUUCGUUAGCAACCAUGUUCCUCUAAUAUUAAGAUAUGAUCAGAAAAAAAAUGAGACUUACGUAUAUACAAGUGUUGGAAGAGCUUUUCAUACAUACACAUCUAGCAAGUUAGGCUUGAAAUCUAUAUCAGAUCUACAUGACGAGGAGAUUGAAUGUAUAGCAACUGCAAAUAAUUAUAUCUUCACAAGCUGUGGAAAUGUCACUCGAGCAUAUGGAAGAAGAGGAAAAGUUAUAAAAGAAUUUAUUGGUCAUAAAUCGAAAAUAAAACACCUCUUACCCUUCCAUCGUCAUUUAGUGAGCGUCGAUAAGGAUAAUAUUGUAAUUAUUUGGGAUGUUCUGACAGAAGCUCAAUACGGACAAUGGAACUUAGGGAAUUUCAAUAUUACUGCGGUUAUGCAACCAGCUGCAUAUUUGAACAAGAUUUUGUUUGGAUCGGAAGACGGUAGCUUGCAGCUGUGGAACUCUCGAAAAUGUAAAUUAGUCCAUAGUUUUGAUGGUUGGGGAAGCAGCGUCACAGCUUUGACACAAUCAACCGUUGCUGACAUUGUAGCAAUUGGUUUAGCAAAUGGUCAAAUAAUUUUAUUUGAUUUGAAAACGGAUAGAAUUGUUGAAAAGUUUUUACAAGAAUGGGGACCGGUGACAUCCAUUGCCUUCAGAUUAGAUGGUCAGGAAUAUAUGACAACUGGAUCGACAACUGGACAUAUUGCAAUAUGGAAUUUAGAGAAGAAGAAAAUUCAAUCUCAAAUUCAAAAUGCGCAUGAUAAUAGCGUUUGUGGAAUGGAAUUUCUUAAAAAUGAGCCUUUAAUGGUUACCAAUAGCGGAGACAACUCAUUAAAGAUUUGGAUAUUUGAUCAAGCAGAUGGCGGUGCUCGUUUGUUGAAAAGUAGGGCAGGGCAUAGUUCUCCUCCUACGAAUAUUAGAUUUUAUGACGAUGUUAGCAUACUUAGCGCCGGUGAGGAUUCGACCCUUCGAUCUUUUUCAAUAAGACAUGAAAGUGAAAAUAAAAGCCUGGGAAGGGCAACUUACAAUAAAAGCGUAUCUAAACGAAAGGGUUUGAAGUUCAACGCUCUAUUAAUGCCACCUAUUGUUAAAUUCGACAAUCAAUCUUGUCGUCAAAGUGACUGGGAUUCUAUUGUUGCAAUCCAUAAAAAUAGUAGAGAAGCUACUACUUGGGAUUUUGUCAGAUCAACAAUGGGAAAGUUUCGUUUAGAAAAUGAAAGAUUUAAAAACGAUGAAGCAAAGUAUAAAAAUGAAAAAGCCACUGCCGUUUCGAUGACGCCUUGUGGUAAUUUUUGCGUUAUUGGGUAUAGCAGUGGUCAUGUUGAUAUGUUCAAUAUGCAAUCAGGAAUGCAUAGGGGCCAAUUCGGAAAAAAUAGGGCUCACAAGGCAUCUGUACGGGGAGUGUCAAUUGAUGAGUUAAGUGAACGGGUUAUUACGACCGGGGCUGAUUGUGCCGUGAAAUUUUGGAAGCUAAAACAGAAGAUAUUACUUAAUUCUUUGAUUUUACAUUCACCUGCUAGUCAGUCAAUAUUACAUAGAAGCAGUGCUUUGCUAGCAAUUUCUCACGACGAUUUUAGUAUAUCAUUAAUUGAUAUAGACACGCAAAGAACUGUGAGAAAAUUCUCUGGUCAUACUAGCUUCAUUGAAGAUAUGGUAUUUAGUAACGAUUGCCGAUGGCUCAUUUCCAGUUCUUUAGACAAAUCGAUAAGAGUUUGGGACCUUUUAACAGGAAGCUUGAUCGAUUGUUUUCUUGUUCGUUCUCCUGCAAAGAGCUUAGCAUUUUCUCCAACGAACGAGUUUUUCGUUACAACUCACGUAGACGAUGUCGGUGUCUAUUUAUGGACAAAUAAAUUACUUUACGCUCACGUUCCUCUCAAGCCUCUUCCACAUGAUUUCAAUCCAUCAAUUUUGGAACUUCCAACCACUAGCGAAAGAAUAGAAGAUAAUUCUAAUGAGAUGGAUGUCGAUUAUACAGAUAAUCAGUAUGAAAGUCCAAAUCAAAUUUCAACUGACCUCCUAACACUGUCAGGACUCCCGAGCUCCAGAUGGGAAAAUUUAUUGCAUUUGGAUGUAAUAAAGGCUAGAAACAAGCCAAAAGAACCACCAAAGAAGCCUCAGAAUGCACCAUUUUUCCUCCCAACAGUUCCUGGCUUAGUCCCUAAGUUUACAAAGCCAGAGGAGGAAAAAGAAAAAAUAGAAGUUGUAAAGGCAAACUUUCUCAGUCAAACGGAAUUUGGUCGUCUUCUAGUUGAGAAUAAGAGCGAUGAAGCAUUUGAAUUCUUGAGAUCCCAGGGUCCAAGUGGGAUUGAAGCGGAUAUUUUAAGUUUGGCAAUGGAAGAUAGCACUAUGGUUCUCUUCCUUGAUAUGAUUGAGAAUGGCUUAAAAACUUAUAAGAAUUUCGAACUGUAUGAAUCAUACCUGGCUUUGUUCCUUAAACUGCAUACCGUUGAAAUAUUGGAAAGUAAGGAGCUACAGGAAAAGUUAAAUUCUGUACAUAAAAUUGAAAAAGAAAUUUGGAAUGAAUUAAAAGAAUUAUUUUCCGAAACUAUUUGUUUAACUGAAUAUCUUAAAAAUACGUUAUUUUAAGUUUUGUAUCAGCUGUUACAUUUGUUUUUAUAUAUUUGUAACGAUAUUUAUUAAAUAUACAUCAGCC